GGUGUUGUUGACGCGCGGGGUUUGCUGGGAAAGUUUUAGUUUGACGCCAUUUUGGAUUAAGAAGCAGAGGGAGUAGUCGAAGUUGCAGGUAUUUCACAGCCGUACGUGUUUUCAGCUACAUCAGAUCUUCACUGGACACAAUGGCGAGUCCAGGGAAAGACAACUACAGGAUGAAGAGCUAUAAGAACAAAGCGCUGAAUCCUCAGGAAAUGCGUCGAAGGAGAGAAGAGGAAGGAAUUCAGCUACGCAAACAAAAAAGAGAGGAGCAGAAUAUUGAAAUGACUGGUAGGAGUUACACAGCUAUUGUGAGCAUUGAACUUCCUGUUGUAUCGGGUAAAACUGUUGUUGUUGUCGUCUUAUUGUACGCGGUGUGCUCGUAACAGUUCGAAGCAGCCUGGGCACUGACCAACAUCGCCUCUGGGACCUUCCUGCACACCAAGGUUGUGAUUGAAACAGGAGCUGUUCCCAUUUUCAUUGAACUGCUGAACUCAGAGUACGAGGAUGUGCAGGAACAGGCAGUGUGGGCUCUGGGGAACAUAGCGGGCGAUAAUGCUGAGUGCAGAGACUACGUCCUCAACUGUGGCAUCCUCCCAUCGUUACAGCAGCUGCUCGCUAAAUCCAACCGUCUCACAACAACCCGCAACGCAGUGUGGGCUCUGUCCAACCUGUGCAGGGGGAAGAACCCACCACCGGAUUUUGCAAAGGUGUCUCCUUGUCUCAACGUUUUGUCCAGGCUGCUGUUCAGCAGUGAUCCAGAUGUGCUGGCCGAUGCCUGCUGGGCUCUCUCCUACCUGUCUGACGGCCCCAAUGAAAAGAUCCAGACGGUCAUCGACUCCGGGGUCUGCCGCAGGCUGGUCGAGCUGCUCAUGUACGACGCUGACAUAAUCUCUGACUCAUUAAGAUCUUUGGCUCCUCUGCUUUCGUCUCAGGUAAUCUUGAACUGUUCAGCGCUGCCGUGUUUGCUCCACCUUCUCAGCAGCCCUAAGGAGUCCAUCAAGAAGGAGGCGUGCUGGACCGUGUCCAACAUCACAGCAGGAAACAGAGCUCAGAUUCAGAACGUCAUUGACGCCAACAUCUUUCCAGUACUGAUCGAGAUCCUUCAGAAGGCCGAGUUCCGCACAAGAAAGGAGGCUGCGUGGGCGAUCACAAACGCCACCUCCGGGGGCACGCCCUCACAGAUAAAGUAUCUGGUGUCCCUGAAUGCCAUCAAACCCAUGUGCGACCUGCUGACGGUGAUGGACUCUAAGAUUGUUCAGGUGUCCCUGAACGGUUUGGAGAACAUCCUCAGACUGGGAGAACAGGAAGCCAAACAGAACGGAACCGGCAUCAAUCCGUACUGCGCUCUGAUUGAGGAAGCUUACGGUAAUGCUGGGAAACCACCAACACAACAUUCAUGAGCUUUUUUCACUCUCAGAAAAGUGGACACGUUCUUUCGUCUCGCGUUUGACCUGAUCGAACACUACUUCGGUGUGGAGGAAGAGGACGCCAGCCUGGCUCCACAGGUGGAUCAGAAUCAAGGCCAGUUUGUCUUCCAGCAACAGGAAGGACCCAUGGAGGGUUUCCAGCUUUAAUCCCACUGCACUUCCUCAGUUCGGUCCUGUUGGACUUGGAGCGUCUCUGCAGCAGACCCGUCUCUUCUCUGCUGUGCAGGAUCUUCACGUGUACUACGCCUGAUUGUGAAAAUAGAGAUCAAACGUUUGGCUCCUCUGGAGUCCUAAAUAGAGAGCUGAGCUUUACCUGUGUCCGUACCGUCAAUAAAACGUCUCUGCCAUCGAGAGCCGACUCAAGUUAAAAGGUUUUGAAACCUUGUUUUCAAAUUUAGUGCAAAAUCACAACGUUGAGCUUUCAGUGGUGUUUUUUUAAUCAUUCGAAGUGUUGAUAUUUAUGUCUCCAAGCCAUCAUCCAUAUCCCUUUGUGAAUGUGAAACUACCUCUUCAGUCUCCAGAAAGAAGAGAGGAGAGAACACCGAGCUUUGCUUCAUUUUUCCAUCGGUGUGGAAAUCUGAAAGGAAAUCCGGAUCCGAGAUGUUCAGAUUCACCCGUAGAACAACACUACUGUGUGUCCCAGCGCUGCCGUCUGCAGCAGCACAUCCACAUCUGCUUUCUAAAGGACUUGAAGAACGGAGGGCUGCUGAGCACGUUAGAAACAGGAGAGUCGGAGCUUCUUUCCUCACUGACAGCAGCUUCCUGGAUCUGUGACAGUGUUCGCUUUUCAUUGCUGCUAAUUUCAAAUGUUCUUUCAGUUGAUCCGCAAGUUAUCAGGACGUGGCAGUAAUGUCUGUGACACGAUGCUGUGUGCAAAACUCUUCCCGUGAGGUUGUUCAGUUUUCCGGUUUUCUGUCUUAAAUUAUUUCUGCCUGCUGUGAUGGGAUUUCCUGAGCGACCUGGAGGGUUUGUAUAUUAUAUAUACAUGUAAGAAAGUGCAAAGACGAUAUUUAAGUGGCUGUGGGGAUAGGUUAUAUGCAAUAUUUUUUCUGCUUGAUAUGCAGUUUUGACAGUUUCAUUUUGAACUUUGGAUAUUUCCACUUUAUUUUUUCAUGUUUUGUUGUGGUCGAGGUCUUAAGGAGGAAGCGGCGGCUUCUCUCCUUCUUCGAGCUCCGCCCCCGAACACUUUUGAUACGUGUCGAUUUGAGUGCAGUGACAUCAACUGGACGCAGAAUCAGUCUAUAUUUAUGUGAAGCAAAACUAUUUGUAAUGCAGAAUUUACAUCAAGCACAUUCAAUCAUAUAGUUUUCUAAUAUUUCUGCUUUCUCUGUUUUUCUUUUUGUAGUUUUUGGGUUUGUUUCCUGUUUGGAAGUUAAUUUGCUGUGUUCUCGUCGCUCGUGUUCAUGUAUUUAAUUGUCAACAGCCGAUGUACAACAGUGUGAUACUAUAAUGUGCAGCCUGUGUGGUUCCUGACACACACACCUGAUGGUGGAGGCUGUUGUAGUCACUGAUCAUGUGUGAGGCUGCAGCUAUAUGAUGUAAAAAAAAAAUAAUUAAAUGUAUCCAUUGGAUAAAAA